AUGGAGAUAGAGACGUUGAACGUGCGAUCUGCUUCCUGCAGCAGUUUUACAAGGAGGCCUGAGGUCUACCGUGUGCCUGAGGCGCUCAGCACAUUUAGCAUUUUGCUUUUCAAACUGGGCUUCAUGAGACCCAAUGUCAAGGAGAUCACAGCAGUUGAUGCUGGUUCUAAGUUUGUCACUUUUGUUGUCAGUAAAGUAAAACAAACUCCUCAUCACAAAAUGGCCUCCCAGAUCAGUCAGAAUUAUCACCAGGAUUGUGAAGCUGCUGUCAACAAGCAGAUUAAUGUGGAGCUCACUGCCUCCUAUCUCUAUCAGUCUUUGAUAAUCUACUUUGACUGGGACGAUGUUGCCCUUCCCCAUUUCUCCCGGUUCUUCAAAGAUCAGUCCCAGGAGAAGCGGGAACAUGCAGAGAAGCUGCUGAAAUUCCAGAAUCAGCGUGGAGGCCGAGUCCUCCUCCAGGAUGUGAAGAAGCCAGAGAGGGAUGAGUGGGGUAACAGCCUGCAGGCAAUGCAGGUUGCCCUGGAUCUGGAGAAGAAUGUGAACCAGAGUUUGUUGGAUCUACACCAACUCGCCACAGCCCAGACUGACCCUCAUAUGUCCUACUUUGACCGGGAUGACGUUGCCCUCCCCCAUUUCUCCCGGUUCUUCAAAGAUCAGUCCCAGGAGAAGCGGGAACAUGCAGAGAAACUGCUGAAAUUCCAGAAUCAGCGUGGAGGCCGAGUCCUCCUCCAGGAUGUGAAGAAGCCAGAGAGGGAUGAGUGGGGUAACAGCCUGCAGGCAAUGCAGGUUGCCCUGGAUCUGGAGAAGAAUGUGAACCAGAGUUUGCUGGAUCUACACCAACUCGCCACAGCCCAGACUGACCCUCAUCUGUGUGACUUCCUGGAGACUCACUAUUUGGAUGAGGAGGUGGAGAUCAUCAAGCAACUUGGGGACUACAUCACCAACCUGAAGCGCCUGGGAGCCCCUGAGAAUGGGAUGGGAGAGUACCUGUUUGACAGGCUCUCCCUGGAGGACAGCAGUUAG